AUGCUACCUCCCAAGUCCACGCUCCUCUUGAUCUUGGCCCUGAACCCCGGCUCACUGGGCCGGAGGGCACAGAGACCCCCUCGACCAGCAUACCCCAUCAAUGCCAUCCACCCCAAGGCCAACUUCAACGCCCAGCAGUUUGCAGGGACAUGGUUCCUCGUGGCUGUGGCCUCCACUUGUCAUUUCCUGCAGGAGCAGAGCCACCAAACAGAGGCCACGGCUCUGCAUGUGACUCCCCAGGGAGAAUCCUUGGCCGUCAGCACCUUCCGGAAGCUGGAUGGGAUCUGCUGGCAGAUACGUCAGCUCUAUAGAGACACAGGAAUCCCUGGUCGGCUCUUGCUCCAAGCCCGAGGCGCCCGGGGGGCUGUGGAUGUGGUUGUUGGGGAGACGGACUACAGGGACUUCGCCAUCCUGUACCUAGAGCGAGCACGCAAGCUCUCGUUGAAGCUGUAUGCCCGCUCCUUGCCCGUGAGUGACCUAGUCCUGAGCGAGUUUGAACAGCGAGUCCAAAGCGCCAACCUGACAGAAGACAGUAUCUUUUUCUUCCCCAAGUACGGUUUCUGCGAGGUUGCGGACCAGUUCCAUGUCCUGGAUGGCCCCUGCUGUGAGCACACACCUGCCCUCCCCAUCACCCCCCACCUCAUCAGUGUUCUCAGCUGGCUGAAGGUCCCAGUGGUUCCAGCAGGAGAUCUGAUGACUCCGGAGAGGCCCUGUCCACCCAUGCCCCCUCCCAUGCUGCAGCCAGAGGCCAGCUCACUCCCACACUUUGCCACCCCCAAAGUGGUGCUGGGCACCAGCCAGGCCCUGGUGUGGGUGUGA